AUGGCGCAUCGCAGCACGGCACCGUACGCGGCGCAGGAUCGAAAAGAGAUCCUCGCCUUGGUACAGGCCCUGGACGGUCACACAGGCAAAAAGGGCAAGGGCGGAUUCUCCGUCCGCAAGCACACCUUCACAUUGCCCACCGGCCGCACCGUCGACUCGUGGAAGAUGCAAGACUGGGACUACAAGAAGGCGAAUCUGCCCACAUAUGCGCGGGGGCUGUUUACAUACAAAACUAUGGACGGGCAGGUCGAGAUCGCUGUGAGAGGAUACGACAAGUUCUUCAACCACGGCGAGGUCGGGAAGACAGAGUGGAAGAAUGUGGAGCGGGACACGAGGGGCCCGUACGAGCUGAGUGUCAAGGAGAACGGCUGCAUCAUCUUCAUAUCCGGCCUGGACGACGAUACGCUGCUGGUCUGCAGCAAGCACUCGACGGGCGCGCGAGGCGAUGCGGAACUCAGCCAUGCCUGUGCAGGUGAACGCUGGGUUGAGAGGCACAUCGCGACUGUGGGCAAGCGGAAGGAGGACCUGGCCCGCACACUACGCGCCAUGAAUGCGACUCUGGUGGCUGAGCUUUGCGACGACGACUUCGAGGAGCACGUACUAGCAUACACCCCCGACCAGGCCGGCCUGUAUGUCCACGGCCUCAACCUCAACCUGCCCGAGUUUGCCACAUACCCUGGACAUCUGGUCGACAAGUUCGCAGAUGAGUGGGGCAUGAAGAAGGUCGUCUAUGUCAUGGAAAACGACAUCCAGAACGUCAAGACCUUCCUCGACAAAGUCGCUGAGACAGGCAACUACGACGGACGUGACACUGAAGGCUUCGUCAUCCGGUGUCAGGCACGAGAGACCGAGGGCGCUCCCUACGUUGACUGGUUCUUCAAGUACAAGUUCGAAGAGCCAUAUCUCAUGUACCGCCAGUGGCGUGAGUGCACUAGAGCAUUGAUCGCAGGCAAGCCUCCCCGCUACAAGAAGCACAAGGCCAUCACCGAGGAGUAUCUCGAAUAUGCUCGAAGGCAGUUUUCCCAGAACCGAGGGCUUGCAAAGGAUUACAACGCGAACCAUGGCAUUAUCAAGAUGAGGGAUGAUUUCCUGGCUGCCCGCGGCACAACCGGCGCAGAAAUCAUCCGACAGGAGCUGCAGAAUGGAGCGACCGAGAGCAAGAACGUAGCGAGAGAUAUCGUUCUCGUGCCCAUCGCCACUAUUGGGUGCGGAAAGACUACACUGGCUCUUGCGUUGGUAAAACUCUUUGGCUGGGGCCAUUUCCAGAACGACAACGUCACAGCGAAGAAGGGCCGUGGUCAGGUAUUUGCCGACACCAUCUCUGCCAUGCUGGUCACCAAUCCUGUUGUGAUUGCAGACCGAAACAAUCACCAGAAGCGCGAGCGAGACCAGAUUAUCACAGACAUUUCACGAACGGCACCUGACGCUCGUUUCGUUGCUCUACACUACGUCCACGAGCGCUCCAACUACGAUGCUAUUCGGACUGCGACACGGAAGCGCGUUCUCGAUCGUGGCGACAACCACCAGACCAUCCAGGCGGGAUCGAAAGGCUCGGGUGAGAUCAUUCAGAUCAUGGAGGGCUUCAUGCAUCGAUUCCAGCCAGCCGAUCCCUCAGAAGCUCCAGACGAGCUGUUCGAUCUGAUCAUCAACAUCGACCCGACUGUAGACUCGCGUGAGAAUCUUGAGGUGAUUAUCAACAAGAUGUUCGAGACGUACCCUGGUCUUUUCGAAGGCAAAGAGAUGCCGACUCACGCCGACAUGGACGCUGCGAUCCAGUGGGCCAUGGACGACUACAGGCCAGACUUCAAGAUGGAUCUGUCUCGCAAUGGCGGUAACGGCAAGCAAAGCAUGGCGAAUACCCAGAAUUGGAGGCAGCAGUCUCAGCCUGCAGCAAAGUCCAAGAAGGCACCGCGAAUGGAGUACUUUUCCGUCAGUCUGGACCAGUCACGCAUCACCUCAAUCCUCGACGACCUGUUUAAUGACAAAGACGCGAACACUGCACGCCUUUACAACCACAUGAAGGAGGCUCGCCGCAUCCAGCCCGAAUUCCACGUCACACUCAUUCACCGCGCCUCCGCGCCACAGAACCAAGCAUACUGGGACAAGCUUAUACAGCUCAACGAGAGCACCCAGAACGCGCAAGCCAACACCGGGGCCUGGGAACCCGAGCUCGGUAAAUGCGGCGUGCACAUGGAGCGCCUCAUCUGGGACGACCGCAUCAUGUGCUUCGUCGUGCGGCUCGACGGCAACGCUGCAGAGGACCUGGUGUUCGAGACGACAAAUCCAAUUGCUCACGUUACGGUCGGCACGGCGAAUUCGAAUAUCAAGCCAAAGGAGAGCAAUGAUUUGUUGCAGCGCUGGCUAGCGCAGGGAUCUGGUGGGGAGACGGGGAUCGGCGAGCUGAGCGUUAAUGGGAGUGUGGUGCUUGACGGGAGUGUGCGGGGUGUGUUGGGGCGGUUAUAG